AGUUGUAUGCUCUCUCGUGCGGAUUUCUCGCCCCUCUCCUAGCCGCUGACCCCUUAGUCCCGCAGUCUGCUGGCCACGCUCACCGCCCUGGUGGCCUCAUGGCUGCGACCUGUGAGAUCAGCAACGUCUUCAGCAACUACUUCAGCACCAUGUACAGCUCGGAGGACCCCGCGCAGGCCCCCGCGCCCCCCGCCGCCCCCUUCGCGGCUGACGACCUGGUGCUGACCCUGAGCAACCCUCAGAUGCCGCUGGAGGGCACAGAGAAGGCCAGCUGGUCGGGGGAGCAGCCGCAGUUGUGGUCCAAGGCCCAGGUCCUGGACUGGAUCAGCUACCAGGUGGAGAAGAACAAGUACGACGCCAGUACCAUUGACUUCUCGCGCUGCGACAUGGACGGGGCCACCCUCUGCAGCUGCGCCCCCGAGGAGCUGCGGCUGGUCUUCGGGCCCCUGGGGGACCAGCUGUACUCCCAGCUGUGGGACCUCACGUCCAACUUUCCCGACGAGCUCAGCUGGAUCAUCGAGCUGCUGGAGAAGGACAGCAUGGCCCUGCAGGACACGCUGGGGGACCCCAGCCCCCUCGACCAGGGGAGCCCCUUUGGGCCGGACCCUCUGGACGAGGGCCAGCAGCCCAGCCCCUACUACCCCGGCAGCUACGGCGUGGGCGCCCCCUCCCCGGGCAGCUCCGAUGUCUCCACUGCAGGGACGACCACCUCGCAGAGCCCCCAUUCCGCAGACUCGGGCGGCAGCGAUGUGGACCUGGACGCCCCAGACACCAAGCACUUCCCCGGCGACAGCUUUCCCGACUAUAAGAAGGUGGACCCGAAGCACGAGAAGCGGAAACGGGGCCGGCCCCGAAAGCUAAGCAAAGAAUCCCGCGAGUGUCUGGAAGGCAAGAAGAGCAAGCACGCCCCCAGAGGUACCCACCUGUGGGAGUUUAUCCGGGACAUCCUCAUCCACCCGGAGCUCAACGAGGGCCUCAUGAAGUGGGAGAACAGACAGGAGGGAGUCUUCAAGUUCCUGCGCUCCGAGGCCGUGGCACAGCUGUGGGGUCAGAAGAAAAAGAACAACAGCAUGACCUACGAGAAGCUGAGCAGGGCCAUGAGGUACUACUACAAACGGGAGAUCCUGGAGCGAGUCGACGGCAGGAGGCUUGUCUACAAGUUCGGCAAAAACUCCAGUGGCUGGAAGGAGGACGAGGUGCUUGGCGGUCGGAACUGAGGGUCCGCGUGCGACCCAGGACAAACCACUCGGA